GGAUUUGUGACGGAAGGUGACGAGCGAGCGAGCUGCUGUACAGUUUUGUUGCGCUGGAACCAGUGUACUCCAGUCGUUUUGACAAGACUCUUGUGCAAAGUGUGAACGGGAACGCUUCGCAUUCGUGUUCGUAGGCAGGCAAGCAGGCAGGCAGGAAGGCAGGCAGCAGCAGCAGCAGCCUACCAGUGAUUUUAAUUGUACAGAAACCUGUGAAGAAACCGUGCAGCAGCAUCUGGAAGGUGGUAGCAGUGUCACAAAUAAAGUGAAAGUGUGCUGUGCCGAGCAGCGCAUUGCGACCGUAGCAGGCCACAGAGCAGUCUGAAAGCGAAGAAAACUUGGGCUGUACUAUGUGUGUGUAUUAUGCAGCAGAUUUGGUGCCCGAUUUAUGAAUCAACUAGAAACGGUACCGAGCAGUAGCGAUGGAAAGCAGGAAGUGAGAAAAAGAAGAGCACACGACAGAAGGAAGAAGAAAGCGAACUAGGGAACCAGGCUGCGUAAGUGUAUGUGUGUGUUGAUUUGUUUCAUGGCUGUGUGUGUAUGUGUGUGUGGGUUUGCUGGUAAUUUGAAUGGAAAUGCAGAAUGAAUGAAUGCUGCUCCGAAUGAGUGAGCGAGCAGGCAGUAGCAUGCGCGAAACGAAGCGCCACACGAUAGUGUGAGUGAGUCAGUGAGUAUUGUGUGUGUGUGCGUGUGUGUGCGUGUGUGUGCGUGGAAGUAUAGAAGGUUUUACGGUGUCGCGCGGGCUGGAGGAACGGGUGUGAUAUUGCACGUACACACCCACAGUGGCCACGGAGCAACGCCAACGCCAAACGAGGCAACGGCAACAGCAACAGCAGCGACAGCCAGACAACGUAUCACGCACACUAGACAUCAUCAAUAGCAGUUGAGCCAGCGGUUCGAACGCACCGGAAUCGCGUUUCGCUGAGCUGUGUGUGAGAAGAGUGUAGAGAGGUGUUGUGUGUUACUACACACUUUGCGAACAAACAGGCAGCAGCAGCAGCAAGCGCUUGACAGGACAAAAGCGGAAAGGUAGCGUUUAGGUGACAGUGGUGGUGGUUGUAUGGUGAAGUGAGUGGUGGUGACAGCAUCUUCAACCAACGCAGGAAAAAAUCGCAACCGCAACGCGUUCGAAAUUCGGGAACAGAAACGGAAAACGCACAACACAUCCAAUCGCCAGUCCCCGCCCGACACCCCGCGCUGGUCGUACCGAUCCAUAGCAGCAGCACAUAGUUAUGGAUUCAAUAUGGCUGACGACACACGUAAAGUUCGUGUCGAGGAGCAACUGAAGAUCAAAAUAGGCGAAGCGAAAAGUCUCGUAGGACGCAGCAGCAAUGGCAGUGGUACCACCACGUCGUCCAAAGAAAACCGGGACGUCUACUGCACGAUCGCACUCGACCAGGAGGAAAUAUGCCGGACGCCCACGAUCGAGCGGACGCUGUCGCCGUUCUUUGGCGAGGAGUACCAGUUCGAGAUACCGCGCCCGUUUCGCUACCUGUCCGUGUACGUGUGGGACCGGGACCGGCACCUGAAGCAGGACAAACCGUACGGCAAGAUCGCGAUCCGGCGCGAGGAUCUGCAUCAGUACAAUCACAAGGAUCACUGGUUCCCGCUGCGGCCGGUCGACGAGGACUCGGAGGUGCAGGGCAUGGCCCAUCUGCUGAUCAGCAUCGAUGACGGUGUGGGCAACCUGAAGCAGCAUACCGGCGAGUUCGAGGACUACCGGUAUCUGACCCAGCCGACCACGCUGUCCCGAUUGCACCAGCAGCAGCAGCAGCAGCAGCAGCAACAGCAGCAGCAGCAACAGCUUCUUCUUCACCAAAACCAUCUAAACCAGCACAAUCUUCUUCACCAUCAUCUGCAUAGCGCGUCCGGGGUCGGUGGUGGUGGUGAGUCGAAGGAGAACGGUGGUAUCCUUCCCUACCAGCAUCCGCCUCCUUCCCACUCGCCCAACCCGUCGUCCAACCAUGCGCUGAUGGCGGUACAGCUAAACAGUGCUGUGAAUAGUACAAACCUAAAGUUAUUUUACCCGACCAAGGGUGGCAGCAACAACACGCACACACUCCUCGGCGGUGCGGUGGAUGGCAGCGUCGGUGGUGGUGGUGGUGGUGGUGGCGGUGCGGGCCAAAUAGCGCCCCUGCUGAAGCUGUUCGACCCUACCCACACGUCCCCGCUGCUGCUGUCGCUUUACACCAACGGCAAUGGCGAGCUAGGGCACGGGCACGGUUCCGGUGGACUGCUGUCGUCCGUUGGUAGUGGCGGUGGCGUUGGUGGAGGUGGUGGUGGCGUUGGCGGUGGUGCUUACAGCAGCCAGAUCAAAAUCAAGCUGACCGAGUGUGUGGAGCUGGCGCGCAAGAACGGGCUCUGCGAUCCGUACGCGGUCGUGGCGGCGCACUACUCGAACAAAAAGACCAUCACCAAGCGGACGAAGGUGCGGAAGAAGACGAUCAACCCGUCGUUCGACGAAACGUUCUGCUUCGAUCUGUGCAUCGAUACGUGCGGGGGCGACUCGGCGAAAAGUGAUAGCAACAACAUGUACACGGUGAUGCCGCUCGGCGGUGCGGACCUGUGCGAGGUCGUCAUUAGCUUCAAGCACGCCAGCCCGGGCAUUGGCGACGACGUGUUUCUGGGCGAGAUCCGCAUCCCGGUGCGGGGGAAGCAGCAGCAGAAUGCGGUCCAGCCGAGCGCCUGGUACUUUCUGCAGCCCCGCACCAGCCAGUCGCGGCCGAUGCGGACGUGCGCGACCCCGCCCGGCACCCGGCUGUCGUGCGACAAUUCGCUCGGGUCGCUGCGGCUCAAGCUAAACUACACCUCCGACCACGUGUUUCCGCUCGCGACCUACGACCAGCUGUACAACGUGCUGAUACAGUCGAUCGAGCAGAAACCGAUCACGGCCAGCGCGGUCCACAUACUCGGCGAGAUUAGCCACAACAAGACGGAGGUGGCGCAGCCGCUCGUGCGCCUGUUCACCCACACCAACGUGAUUGCGCCGAUGAUAAAGGCGCUGGCCGAUCACGAAAUUUCCAAACUCACCGAUCCGACCACCAUCUUCCGCGGCAACACGCUCGUGUCGAAGAUGAUGGACGAGGCGAUGCGGCUGUCGGGGCUGCACUAUCUGCACGCGACGCUGCGCCCGAUCGUGGAGCAGAUCUUUGCCGAGCGGAAGCCGUGCGAAAUCGAUCCGUCCCGGGUGAAGGACGUCGGCGCGAUCGAGGGCAACCUGCACAACCUGCAGGACUACGUCGGCAAGGUGUUCGAGGCGAUCACGCAGAGUGCGGUCAAGUGCCCGGCGAUACUGUGCGAGAUCUUCCACAAUCUGCGCGAGUGUGCGGCCAAGUACUUCCCGCAGAACAAGGAGGUGCGCUACUCGGUCGUGUCGGGGUUUAUCUUUCUGCGCUUCUUCGCACCGGCCAUCCUCGGGCCGAAGCUGUUUGAUCUGACGACCGAACCGGGGGACGACCAGAUAAAUCGCACCUUAACGCUGAUCUCUAAAACGAUACAAUCGAUGGGCAACCUGGUCAGUUCGCGAUCGGCACAGCACCCGUGCAAGGAGAAGUACACCGAGCAGCUGUACAAGAAGUUUUGCACCGAGCAGCACGUCGAAGCGAUCAAGCACUUCCUCGAGGUGAUUUCCACCGUCGGUGCCACCGGCGACAGCGGCGACGGGCUAUCGAGCGCCCUGGAACCGGUGGUGCUGAAGGAAGGGAUGAUGACGAAACGCGCCCAAGGACGCAGACGGUUCGGCAGGCGGAACUUCAAGCAGCGCUACUUCCGGCUGACGACGCAAUCGCUUAGCUACGCCAAGGCGAAGGGAAAACGACCCAUCUGUGAUAUACCGCUAACUGACAUACUGGCUGUCGAACGGCUCAACGAACGGAGCUUUAAGAUGCAGAACAUUUUUCAGAUAAUCAAAAGAGACCAGCGACCCCUCUAUGUACAAACGGCCAACUGUGUGGAGGAGAAGGAGUGGAUCGAUCUGCUCAGUAAGAUCUGUCAAAACAACAAAGCCCGCCUGGUAAACUUUCACCCCCGAGCGUACAUCAACAACGCGUGGACAUGUUGCAACGAAAGCGAUCAGUAUGCGCCCGGCUGUACGCCCGUGUCUUCCUCCAGCCCAAUCCAGAUGGAUCUGGCCACGGCGCUCGACCCGGCUCGGGACCUUCAGCGGCUCCACUCGCUAAUCAUUGCCAACAUCAACAGCCUGGAGGUGCUGGAUCCGGCCCUAAACGGUACGGCCUACGAGGACCCGAUGGCGGCGCGCAUAACAAUCAAAAAGCUGAACGAGAUCGCUACCACGCUGGAGCAGAUCCACCGGAAGUACAAGUCGAUGCUGGCGCGCGACCUCAAGUACGGCAGCCGGCAGGCACCGAUCGGUGACGACAACUAUCUACACAUGCCGCGGUCCGGCUUUACGGCCGCGGUAAUGGCAGCCGCUGCGGCGGCAGCAGCAGCCGCCGCCACCACCACCACCACUAACACCACCGGCGCCUCCAACACCGCUGGUGUUAAUGGUUCCUCAUCUAACAACUCCUCCUCCUGCCUCUCCAACAGUGGCAGUAGCGCGGUGGGCAUCAUGGGUGGUGGUGGUGGUGCCGGUACCGGAACGGUCGGCCUUACUCCCAUCACCGUUACGACGCAGCACUAUCCCGAUGCCGGUUUGGCUCACUUUUUCCCCCACCGGGGCAUGCUGGUGCGCAGCGCGGACGGUGGUGGUGAUCCGCUCACGCAAUGCUAGCGGCGACACGGCCGGGAAGGGCCUACUGUCCGAGCGACGGCAGCGACGACGAUACACGCAAUACUCGACGAAGGCGACGACGACGACGACGACGACGGGGCGUGCUAAAGCGCGUGCUCUGAACCGCACGGGACAAUCAUCAUGUGAACGACACACUCCCAUUUUUUCCAUUAAGUAACCACACGGACACACACGCACGCAGUCACACGAUCGUUUUCUGGACGUAUGGCGCACAGCAAGAACCAUAGGACGAACGCGUUUAAUUUAUUUAUUUUUAUAGAUUGGAGAAUUUAUUUAGUAUUUGUUUAGGUUUGCUUGUUUUCUUUCUUUUUCUAGGGGAUGUUUUCCUAGGUGUUAACGUUAGCGUAUUCCCACUCUCCUCUUGCCUUAAGCAGUGGCGCAAUGGUUGAAUGUCCUGUCGAAUGAUAGUGAGUUAUGUGUAGGACACGAUAUUGAUUGCCCAUGGCGUUAACGGGUGGUAGUAGCAGGGAAAUGGAAACAAUCAGCAUUAUGGUUCUAGCACCUCAAAAUUAGUGCGUAUGUGUGUGGUCGAUCAAGAGUUUUCAAUCACAAAGUUUUUGAUUUUGUUAAUCCUUGUUUUACACUUUUGGACGGGAUAUCUUUGCGAAGGUUUGCACACAAUCACGGUGUGCUGUUGCUGUGAAACCUGCCUAGUGGCUUAGCAAUCAUUCGAUGUUGUACAACACACUUAAAACGAUUGUAUCAUUGCAGGAUUGUAAAUUGUGUGCAUUUUUAAUUGAACUUAUUAGACACAUUUCUUUACACAGCUUAGGCGGCCUUUAUAGAAGAAACUUUGAAAUGUUUCCUUUGUAGUUUUCUGACUGUGCGUUGCAAUACUAAUUACCGUCAGGGGGAGUUGGGGUAACCGUUACACAUGUACGUUAAGCGCUCUCUAGCCAUUAAUACACAGAACGAACUGUGUUGCACAAAACAAAAGGUGUGUCGUGUGCGCACAUUUCCCCCAGUCUGAUUAACAACAAACCAUUCCACAGCAGGGACCGGUACACCGUACGCAACAAACACAUCGGUUAGUGUUUUUGUGUUGUUCUUUUUCCUUCUCCUUAAUGUUAGCAGGUGGUGUGGGCAUUUAUUGAACAAAUUUAAAGCGAUAAGUGGAAUAGCUCGCUAUUUCUUGUAUUCUUUCCUUUGGCCUCCCCUUAAACAUAAACCUAACCCAACACGGAACACAGAUCUAUACAUUCUUCGCGCAUUACUGGUAACACACGAUUCUGCCUCAACUAUACACAGAAAGUGAAGCAACGCAAAACACUGUUAUGUAAAAUAGGAAAACCAAAACCCCCAUCAGCUGAAUGAAUAACGUUUAAAUAAGUAUAAGCAGCAACUAGACUAACUAUUCUGUUACCGCGCCGCCCUACACAAUUAACAAACAGCCUACAAAACAAAUCUGAUCAUUUGACUUAUACUAUACGCGGGAAUUUACUCUCGGCCUGUGCCCGAAAGGAACAGUAUCAAGUCCACCGAGUCGAGGUGUGGCUUGCUAAUUUUGGUUGCAAUCUCAAAUGGUAGUUUAAGCGGCCAGCGUAUUGUUUUUGUGCUUGUUUUGUUGUUUGCUAUAACUUUACAUAAAUCUGCAUUCCUGUGACCGACCGAACAAAAAAGGCCAAUCAAUUCAGUAGACUACCUGGCAGAUGAUAUUGAAUGUUACAGGGGGUUUCAGGGGUUCUCAUAGCUGUGGGAUACUUUCAUGACCUUUUCUUACGGGAAAUGAACUUUAUAUGAUGAGAAUUGGACUCUAUAGCACCCUUUUUGGACAAAUCCAAUAGGAAUUUUCAAUGAGUAUGUCCAAAAAGGGUGCCAUAAAGUCCAAUUCUCAUCAAAUAGAGUUCAUUUCCCGUAAGAAGGGUUCAAGAAAGUAUCCCACAGCUAUGAGAACCACCGAAAAAACUCUGUACGUUACGUGCGUGUGAAACAAACGCACCCAAGUACACAAGGACGUACGGUGGCGGCGCAUCCCUUAAUCCUACCGCAGGAUAAGGAAGAAAAUAAUUCGAAUUUAUAUCGUAAGACUACUCUACACACACCUUCACACAUUCACACCAGCAAUGCGUUUGUGCAUGGUGAGGAAAACGAGAACCGACCGAUGUUUGUUGUUGUUGAUCAUUUAAAUUUUACACGUCUAUACAUGCAUAUAUGACUAAAUGACUUCUUAAAUGUUGACAUUAGGCGGAAUGUGGCGGGUUGUUUAGCGCGACUGUAGAGCGUUGAAGAAAGCAGCGCACACAAGGUGGUUAAUGCCAGCACCAAAAUAACUUUAUAUGCACCGUAACACUACAAAACAAAAAACAACCACCCCAGGCACCAGGCACAGCGAGUUUUAACUAUUAGAAAGCAAAUUCGUACUCAAGAUGCAACAUUUGCAUCGACAGGCGAGUAGACUAAGUAAGAUAUACCGACGGGAGGGAGAAAGAAGGGCUCCCGAAAUAUGUCCACAAUUUGAAUUUCUUCUCGUCGCGGCGGGUGGGUGAGAGUGAAAAUGAAAAUGGAUCUCUCGACAGCAGAGAGGAGGAGGAGGAGGAGGAGGAGGAGGAGGAGGAGGGGCGAAGCGUUGAUGAUGUGUAGAGCACCAACAACCCCUGCAACUCCGAAAAGAAGUAAGAUAGAGCAUCAGCAGCAGCCUUUUUACAAACAAUGGAAAACAAACACCACACCAACGGAACUAGGGAAAACAAACACAGAAACAGCGUACUGAAUGUAUAGAGAAACUCUAAUUAGAUGAAGAAGAAACGAAGAAGAAAAAACUAUUAUAAACCAUCAGCAAAGAAUAAUCCCACCCAUAUUUGUGGUGUACUACAAGACAACCUACUAGGAGAGGUACUACUAAAUUACCAAAUGUUUCAUCAUCUCAAACUUUUUUUCAUUUUAGUGUAAAACAAACAAACAAAAGCGUAUGUGAUUGUACAAGAGCUACACAGCGAUGAGAUGAGCGAACGGCGGGUGAAGGACUCUAUUUAAGCAGCAAAACAGAAAAGCAUGAGAAGUGAAACGCAAACCCCUCUCUACACAGUUGCAUUCGAGACAAUUGGUGUGAAAAGAGAAGACCAGUCAGUGUACUUGUUGCACUUUGGUUUGGUGAGAGCUAUCCUUCUCGAAUCUCAAUAUUAGUGUACCGAAAAAUGCAUCCCCACACGUGGCCGCGUGGUAAACGUGUCUUUUUGAAGCUAUUAUGAAAGGUAACACAUUUUUAUUAAAACAUCAUCAUACACUCGAUGGGUUAAAGUUGUUAAAGAAAGCAAUUAAUGCCGUUUGGAGCACCUAGUUGGUUUAAUUACGGUACCAUUUCUGGGAACCAGCGAUACAUCCAGAACAUGUCGCUGCAUUGCACAAAAAUGUGUGUUGUUUUUUGUUUGUUUCUUUGUUUGUUUGGGUUUGGUUGUGUAGCCGUUUUGGUAAAAAAGCUGGCUAAGAAAACGAUAGAACGCUGUAGAAUGAGUAUAAUGCAAAAUUGUAGUACUCUAUUAGUGUUUCUUUCUUUGUGUUAAUGUUCAGCAGAUUCGGUUAUUGUGGAUGAAAAGGGGAUAAAGGGCGAUUAAGUCCAGCGGAUGAAGGGCAAAGGGCGAGCAGAUGGCAAAGGAAGUAUACUGUAGUGAGAAGAGGAGCAAGAAAGGCAGGCAAUUUGUAUUUUAGGUAGGAGAAAGUAACAAAACGGAAACUCUACUUUCGCACAAUGAAAGCAAUGGAUGUGUGUGUGUGUGUGUGUGUGUGUGUGAGAGAGAGAGAGAGAGAAUGAGAGAUAGAGAGAGAGGGAGAGAGAGAGAGAGAGAGAGAGAGAGAGAGAGAGAGAGAGAAUGAUGUUUAGAGAGCGAUGAGACGAAACGAAGGGCUGCGAGGAAAAAUGAGGAACCUGUGGAAUAUUAGGAAAAUAUGCUAAACAAUUGACGCAUAUUCUAUACAUAGAUCGAUUGAAUUAUAUAAUUAUUAUUAUUAUUUUUAUUUUUAUUAUUAUUAUAUUAAUAUUAUUAAUUUUAUUGUAGAUACAUUAUUAAUGUGUCGGUUUGUUUGUUAGCCCGUAAGUGAAGGACCGUGGAAAAGAUAACUUAAAAACAAACACUGAGUGAACUGUUACAAAACAAUACUUCACUGCUCCUGAUUAUGAGAUAAAGGAUAAGAAAUCAAACAUGUGAAAACAA